AAGCGGGGCGGGGCUAGGAAACCGAGCAACCAAAUCUCUGCGAGUAUUAAUCCGUCCUCUCUACGGUUCCACGCGUGCGCCCUCUUCGACUGACAUGCGCGUCUUGCGGAGGUUGGAAAGCGCAGAAUUUGAACCAGCUCUUCGGGGCUGAAUGAGUUUGUCCUCCGGCCUAUAGCUGGGCGGGAAGGGAGAAUUAUGAGACCUGCUAAACUCCGGAGCCGUUCCGGUAAUGAGCCCGCCGACCAUAUGGCGCAGAAGCAGCAUCCGCACUCCGGACCCCCGUGGAAAGAGACGCGACUGGCUUUGAGGCGGUUGGCGGAGAGCCUGAGCUGCUCCCUUUGCAGUAACAUUCUGAAGAAACCUGUGAACCUAGGAAGUUGUGAACAUGUCUUCUGUCUAACUUGUGUAGACAACUGUAUUGGCACAGCUUGCCCAAUAUGUGAGGUGCCAGCCAUGAAACAAGAUAUGAAAAUAAACAGGAAGCUAGAUAACAUCAUCAAACUCUACAGCAAACUGCAAACUCUGCAGGACAAGGACUUCUCAG